UUGCACCAUAUGAUUGGCUCACUGCCACACCAUCGUUUGAGAGACCUAGCCAAAACAUAUGGAUCCAUUUUCCAUCUUCAACUUGGUGAGAUGUCGGUCGUAACUAUUUCUAGUCCCGACUUAGCCAAGGAAGUUUUCAAGACCCACGAACUCGCCUUCGCUCAACGCCCAUUAUUCUCAUAUGUAGAGAUGAGCAUUUUCCCUAGCCCGACCUUUCUCCCAUAUGGAGAAGAAUGGAGACAGUUGCGUAAGAUUUUCGUCAUGGAACUCUUAGGUGGUCAGCGUGUUCGAUCUUUUAAAUCGAUUAGAGAAGAGGAAACCAGGAAUCUCAUCAGCUACAUACGUUCGUUGUCGGGAUCGCCUUUCAAUCUCAGCAAAAAGAUGGAUGCUUUCACAAACAGCAUAGUCUCCAAGGCAGCUGUUGGCCAUAAGAACAAACAAGAGGAAUUCAUUUCUGCUGUCCGAGAGAUGGUAACGUUUACUGGAGGCUUUAGUGUGGCGGACGUUUUCCCUUCACUCAAAUUUCUUGCCAACAUAGUUGGGCUUUAUUCGAAGUUCAAGAUGCUGCAGAAAAAGAACGAUAAGAUUCUUGAUAGCAUUCUCAAUGACCAUCAGACCAGAAGAGAUCAGGCCUUAAGAAACAAGGAAAAUACAUUUGGAAGAGAAGACAUACUCGAUGCGCUUUUGGGACUUCGCACGACCAAUGAGUUCGGUUUGAAUCUGACAGACAGGGAGAUCAAAGGCAUUAUUGUGGACUUGUUUGUGGCCGGGAGCAUCACUACGUCAACGCUUCUCGAAUGGGCAAUGGCUGAAUUAAUCCGAAAUCCCAAAGUGAUGGCCAGGGCACAAGCUGAGGUGAGAGAAGUCCUAAAAGGAAAGGGUCACGUAGAAGAAUCAGACCUCAAUAAACUCAACUACUUGAAAGCAAUCAUUAAAGAAUCCUUUAGGCUGCACCCUCCUGUUCCAUUAAUUCCCAGAGAAGCCACUAAAGAAUGUAAGAUCAAUGGAUACAAAAUACCAGUGAAUUCCAGAAUCCUCAUUAAUGUAAUGGCGAUUGGAAGAGAUCCAAAUUAUUGGGCAGAUCCGGAGAAAUUUGAACCAGAGAGGUUUCUCGAAUCUCCAGUAGAUUUUCUGGGGACAAAUUUCGAGCUUCUUCCGUUUGGAUCCGGUAAGCGGUCGUGUCCUGGCAUUGCAUUUGCCAGUGCAAGCAUUGGAUUCAUAUUAGCGGCAUUGCUAUAUCAUUUUGAUUGGCAAUUGCCAGAGGGAGAAGCCAUGGAAGAACUUGACAUGACCGAAGCUUUUGCCGCAACAGUCACGAGGAUGCACAAUUUAAAUGUGAUUGCCUUUCCCUUUACCCCCAUGGUCGCAGCAUGACAAGAAUACGUUGUGUUAAAACAAGCUAGGUGCCAACGUAAACUUCAUGUGAAGCCAUGCGAAUUUGCUUCUGGUUAUUUCUCCGUGUAUCUGUUCAUGCCGUGUUACAAAUAAAACCAACUUUCAAA